AUGCCAUUGCCGGCGAAUUCCACACCGUCGUCCACUGCUACUGCUGCUGCUAAUACGACGUCGCUCGGGGUCCCUCCUAAUAAGAAGAUCCGAAAAACCUAUACGAUUACCAAGACGAGGCAGAGCUGGACGGAGCAGGAGCAUGAAAAGUUUGUUGAAGGUGUUCAAUUAUUUAAUCGUGACUGGAAGAAGAUUGAAGCAUUCAUUGGUUCAAAAACUAUCAUUCAGAUACGUAGCCAUGCACAGAAGUACUUUCAAAAAAUUCUAAAAAGUGGGAAAAGCGAACUUGUACCUCCUCCUCGACCAAAGAAGAAGGCUGCUCAUCCUUACCCACAUAAAGCCCCUAAUAAUGCUCCAAAUGUUGCUCAUGUCACUGCAGUCAUUGGGGCUCCAACGACAUGUGAAAAUCCCAUUACCAGUGCUCCAUUGGCUCCUUGGAGCUGUAGUUCUGUACUGCCAAUCAAUUUUGCACAAAUGGAAAAAGAUGAUGAGAGGUUAUUUUCCUCUGCAUUUGCAAAUAACAGUGGCUACAGCUAUAGUAGUGAAAUAAAUUAUCCUGAGGCAAUGAGAGUUGCGAAUAACAGUCGCUAUGAUAUUACUGAAAUUGAAAGCUCUCUAAUAAGUAUGUCAUCUAGUGAAAUAAAUAAUCAUGGGGCCUACUACUCACAGGGAAUAAAAGUUGUGCCAGAGCCAGAUCUUUGUCAAUUUUAUAAUUUCAUUGGCAAUGUCUUUGACCCUUAUGCAGUUGGUGGCCACUCUCAGAGACUGAGACAAAUGGAUCCCAUAAAUUUUGAAGCAGCGAUAAAUAAUCUAUCAAAUAAUUUAAAAAGUCCAGUGUUAGAACUUUAUAAGUUCCUUUCAUCCAAUAAUCUCAACGAGGAGAAGGUGAUGAUGUCAUCUGCCUGCCCAAACAACUUCUCAUCCAUAUCAAUAUACGAUAAUGGUGUCAUUCUAUAAGUUUUAUCUGCCGGUGAGAGUUUGAUAACAAUUGUCUAUUGGCACUAUGUAUAUAUUGUCUAAAUGCAUAGAUGACCACGUGGAAAAUUAGUCUUAGUCCCACGUCUCUCUGAAGUGAAAGCUUGUCAAGAUCUCACCUUCAUUUUAUUUGAAGAAGGAAUUUAGGGGUUAGUAUUUAGAGAGUACAAGUUAACUUCUAGUUUUGUUUUGUUUCAGAGGCUAUCUUGUAUGGAGUUUGAGAGGAAUUUAGUGUUUGACUGUUUAUAAUUUGUAGUAUUUGCUUUAAUGUUUUGCUACUGUAAGUGAGUGACAUCAGAAGUUGUUCUGUGUGGAUUGCAUUAAGUCAGAAAAAAAAUACAAAAAUAAAAAUAAUUUUUGGGUCUUUGAUGUUGUGUGUCCACCUGGGAUUACUUUCAUCUUGAAGUUGCUGUACAAUGGACAUACAUCGUAUUUAAAAUUGAGAAUUUUUAAAAAAUAUGGCUUUUAUACCAUGUGCAAAUAUAUGGGAGAUAUACUUUUUCUUAAUUUGUAUGAGAAAAUUAUUAAAGAAAAAGUUAAAGUAUGAAAAACACAAUUAGUAGCUAACUAAAAUAUGAAAAU